GAAAGGAAGGGAGUGAGUGGGGGUGCGGCCGGGUGUCGCCGAGGGAGCCACUCUCCUCCUUUUCCCGUGGGGAAGCUGCGGGUGGUUAAAGCUCCUCCACGCCCCCACUGCCCCGGCCUUGGCCGUGUCCCCAAGAUCCGCGGUGUGGCCACCUGCUCCCGCCCGCCGAGAUGGCGCUGGACCCCGCAGAGCAGCAUCUCAGACAUGUUGAAAAGGAUGUUCUGAUCCCUAAAAUAAUGAGAGAAAAGGCCAAAGAGAGGUGUUCUGAACAAGUUGAAGAUUUUACCAGAUGUUGCAAGGACUCUGGAAUCCUUAUGGUAGUGAAAUGCCGGAAGGAAAAUUCUGCAUUGAAGGAAUGUCUAACUGCUUACUACAGUGACCCAGCUUUUUAUGAAGAGUGCAAGCUGGAGUAUCUCAAGGAACGUGAUGAAUUCAGGAAAACUGGAAUUCCUACCAAGAAAAGGUCACAGAAACUUCCCACAAGCAUGUAGACAAGUACUCGGAUGAGCCAGGAGCACUGGUAUUUAGGAAACUUGUUUAUAAUCUCUACCUGAAAUAAUGGACGGAAUGUAUCCUAAUUAUAGAACUGUUAAUUUUAUAUGUAAUAAAGAUGUUUAUUUCUGAGGCCUAUUUAAUUAAAUAUAGGAUAGGAACAAAUACUGAA